AUGGGCGACCCCGGAGAGGCUGCGCAGGCCCAGGAGGGAGAACGGACGGCGCCCGCCCAGGGCGACGGGCUGUUGAUGUUGCCGCCACGGGUUCUCGUCCGACCGUGGUGGUUCCCCGCGGAGGACCUGGAAAACCCGUUGGUGUUUUACUUGGAGGCAUGGCUGGCCGAUCAGGUCUUCGGCCCAGAGCUAGAAAUCCUUCCAGAGAUACAGUGGAUGAGCCAGGCCCUGCUUUCAGUGAACACAGUGAAAUCCAGGACCUUCGUUGAAAUCAGAGUCUUCGGAAGGCCCCGUGUACAACUUCACGUGAAGAGCGUGAUCCUGAGCCUGGCGUUGAGGCACAAGGAACAUCGUGCUGCAGGUCUGAGGUUCAAAGCUUCCACCCUGAGAAAUGAUGUUGACAGCACCCCCUGUCCCCCAACCCCCGUGAAGGAGUAUUUUGAAACAGCUAGCGUUUUUCCUUACACACCUGAGAAGAUGGAACAUUUUAAGAAGUUCUUGAAGGCACGUGCAGCAGAUCCCCAGCCCUCUUGGUGCCCUGCUGCAGAAGUAUUGUCAGGAGCUUAUGAGAACAGCCCUGCUUCUACCACUGUAGUUGAAAAGGGCAAGUCUCCUUAA